AUGGCCGGGACCGAGACGGUGACGGUGACGACGGCCAUCAUCGGCCUCCUCGCCGUCGGCGGCCGCCUGUCCGACGUCAUCUGGGACCUCAACCUGCCGUCGACGAAGCUGACGCCCAUGCUCAACCAGGCGCUCCAGCAGGUCAAGCAGUGCCGCUCCACCGUCCACAUCCUCUGCAAGACGCUCUCCCUGCUCGAGACGGCCCAGCUGCCCUUGCCCGAACGCGCCGGCUGGAUCGACGUCGAGGACGUCGUCGCCACCCUAACCGACACCGUCCUGGCCCUUUCGGACCUGCAGACCCUCUGCGCCGUCCUUGAGGAGCAGAAGCGCAGCGGCGUCACGGCCGGCACCGAGCCGCACGAGGCUGCCGAGUGCGACUGGGACCGUCGCAUCGGUGCUCUGUGCUCGCGCAUCCGGUGGCACAACCUGUCGAUGACGAUGAUGAUGACCAUCCUGAAGUGUCCCGGCGAGUCCGAUGCCCACAAUGCCCUCCUUGGACUCGAGCGACGCGUCGCACGCCUCGUCACCUCCAACAUGGCCCUCGCCGGACGAAUGCGCCGGCUCGAUCACAUCUGCGACCCGCAACCCCAAGACUUGCCCCCGCACUACACACCUCGCGGCCGCUUACCGCAGCGCCAACCGCCGCCGAUGUCGACGACGCCGCGCCCCGCCACCGACGGUACCGGCCUCGGCAUCGAAUCGAUGGCGGCCCCGUCCAACAUCGGGGCGCCGCCGUCGCCGACUCGUGUGUCGACGCCCCUAUCCGGACUCGCACUCGCCGACAUGCCCAUCCUCUCCGCGAUACCCCUCCCCAUCACGACAAACGAACUGUUCGACGGCAACGAGGUCUACACCUUUGCCUACGCCCGCCUCGUCGGCCCUGACCUCGUCGAGUUGAUGCAGAGCGAAGCUGGUCCCGGCACCUCGCGCUCCCUCAGCGUCGUCCUUGGUCGCACCAACACCGACAACGGCAGCGCCGGCGGUACCACGGCGAGCGCGAGCAUGAGCACGGCCACGACCAUUGGUACCGGCAGCAGCAACGAUGGAACCGCACCCGCCGUGACCGCGGGUCUGCCUCCGGCCAAGAAGGCCAAGAAGCCACGAUUCCGAAAGAUUUGCACCAAAAGGAUCAUCAAAUGGCGGACAUGA